UACUCAAAUACAGUCUAAUAUAUUCUACUAUGAAGUGACUGACUCUGGUAAUAAUUUAUCUAGUAUAAAUAAUGUGAAAGCAAAGUCUCAUAAUUCAAAGAAUCACCUAAUAGCUUGUUCUGCAAUAAAUCACUCUGGUGUAAGUCUAUCUCUGAUUGAAGUUUUAUCAGAUAUAUCAGCAGAGAUAAGACAACCAAAGAUGAGUCAAAGACUCAAAGCUUCACUUCUUCAAUGUUCUACUUUCCCACAUGCAGUAAAAAAAA